CCCAAAGCACUGCAAAUCCCGACCCUUAAAAUUAUCGAGCAUUCCGCACCAACUCUUUGGCGAAAACGGUCUAAAUGCAUUGGCGAGUAAAGUUACCGAUAUCUUCGUCUUGGAUAUCAACAUUUGCUUAUGACGGCUCGAGUGCUUCCUUGUUCAGUACACUUCUCCACACUCGUUUGGAAAUGCUUGCUUCUACAAAAUUUAGAGUGAGGCGAUAAUUAGGAAAUUUAUCGAGGCUCGGCUUGCAGUCCUCGCUCCUCACUAUUUUUGGCGUCCCUCUCGCGAGUUCACACGCAACUCAUCGAACAAGCUACCCAAGAUCGGCGACAGCACUUGGUUCCCACUGGCGUUGCAGCUGGCUAUUAUCUAUCGUGUCGCUGCGGAAGAACAGUGUUAGUUGUUAUUAGUAGAGAGCCAUCUUUGACAUUCAUGAUAACAGAGGCAACAUUGACAUUGGGUAGCGCAGGUAUACUCUAAACCAAACCGACCCUCACUCACCAUCAACCCGUAGCCUAGCCUCUUCUUGCUUGUUCCCGUAGAGCAAAGAAACACGACAACAAUAACUCUCGAAGCGGCAACCGCGUUUUUUCUGUGUUUGUGGGCAAACGUCAUGGGCAAUUCGGCUUCAAAAGCGGAAGAUGACGAUGCUUCGUUGUUCGGCAAGGAGAAUUCAGGCCAUAAACUAGGUCUUAACGAGAGUCUAGCAAGCGGUAGCAAAGGCGCUUCCUAUGAGAACGAUUCCUUGACUUGUCCCGAUUCCAAGUCAACACUAGGAACAGAGUUCACUGGAUUACCAAAACAACCACCGCCCAAUUCCCAUCGAACCUCCUCUUCUGGCAACAAGAACAAUAAAGACCACAGCAAUAUGAAUGCCGCAAGCAACAAAGUUUCCUCCACUUCCAAGACACCCAGAGCCAAUCACAGAGGUGGAGGAGGAGGAGAUGACCCACACAAUUCCUCCUUAAUAACAGAUGACCAAGUCCAUGUCAAUCUGGCCAUGGCAGAUCUAAUGGCAUAUCUGCAGGUUGUGGCAAACAACAGCAAUAAUCUUCCCCUAUCUAGGCGAGAUGAUCCCGAACUUGGGCGCACUGUGUCAAAUUUGACAUCCGAUGAAUACGCGAGAAAAAGUGCCGCCUUCAUUCCGUCUGACGUUCGAGUUAUCAGUGGGGCUUUCACGAGAUAUGGUAGAGUUUGGGAUCUGCCCACGAGUGAAGAAUUCAAUGCCUGCGAUGGAGCCCAAGAACCCGGUCGAUCCUAUGGUGGGGCAUGUUGCAAUUCCAUGCUCAAGGUGCUCUACGACUCGGCAAAUGAUGCCGCGGAUGCAGCACAGACAAAGGAAGCAUCCGAUGCUCUCUUUGACGACGAUGAAGACGAAGAAUCCAUCCUCGGCAAGUCUGUCAAAUCCAUGCACUCGCUAGAGUUUGCUCCUUCCAACCCAGCUACUAUUUCCUGGGCUGCUCUGAUGCGACGAAUGAAAGCGGAAAUCAGCGACAUUGAACAUGCACAGCAUCCCACACUGACCACCACAAGAAAGUUUGAUCUAAAUCAACCAUUCUCCAUUGUCCCUGAAAAUUUUGAUGCCAAAGUGGGGAAGAAGCGUUCUCUUCUCAUUGGCUGCAACUACACCAACAUUCAUGGAGCUGAACUGAAAGCCAGCCACGAUGACAUUGGAUCCAUGAAGGAUUACAUUGUUAACGUUCACGGCUUUCCAGAAGCAGAAAGCCUGAUGACCAUCCUUCUGGAUGAUGACACACACAAACAUCCAACUCAUCUAAAUAUCACGGAAGCUUUCAAAGCGCUCUCGGAGCAAAGUCAGCCUGGUGAUGCAGUGUUCAUCCAGUUCUCUGGUCAUGGAGGUCGAGUGCUGGACUCGCCAAUAGAUUCAGAAGCAGAGAGCUACGAUGAAGUGAUCGUCCCCAGUGACUACUCAGUCAGUGGGCUGAUCCGUGAUACACUCAUAUUCAAGACACUCCUGGCUCCAAUGAAGUAUGGAGUGACUGUUACAAUUUUGAUUGAUUGCUGUGACACAGGAAUGGUUCUUGACCUACCCUACAGAUGGAACACAAAGAAUGAUAGACAUGAUCAGCUGGCUAAGUUAUCGUUGAAUGACGAUUUCAGCUUCGUAAGAUUCCUCAAGGUCGUAAGAACACUGUACGAGAGCUCCACAUUUACCCAACUGGGCAAGACAGUGGGCUCUGUCUUGAACCACAACCCAAACGCACCUCAGCCCUCCUCCAAGAAUGACCAAUUUGCCUCUGCCCACGACGAAGCGAACCAUGAAGCCACUUCAGGCAUUCCGCAUCACGAACCCGCAGCAAUGAAAGAACAGGAUGCCCUGGCAGCAUCAGCAUCCAAGUCAACACACGGAUCACUACUGGCAUCACUUGUCUCCUGUACAUCUCCAGAAACUCCAGAUGACAAAGAAACAACGAAGAAGCAACGGGGAUCACGAAAAGACAAGAAGAAAGGAGGAGGAGGUGAAUCCGAUGCCAUUGUCCCCUUUGGAGGAGAAGAUCAAAACGACAAAGCUCCAACCACUCAAAGUCUUCUGGAACAAAUGAUGGGUUCCCGAACGCCCCUUGUCGAACAACUGAUCAAUUGUACGCUCGCGCAUGCUGAAGAUGACUAUUCAGAUGAUGAAACAUACAACACCCGGACGGUCGAUGGGGGCAGCUACAGUUUGGAUGGUUCAUCGACAUUUGACACAAUGACAGAUGACGGUUCCCGAUCAGCCCCUCAAGCUCGGCGCCAAAAGAGACGCUCUAGACGACGAUAAACAACUGCAGCGCGGCAAUUGGUGUCCUACGUCAUUGUAAAAACACUACACUUGUUACUGGUAGUUAGAAUAAUGAAUUCAUAUACAUUCACCAAACAAGUAGUCUUGCAGUUAUUUAGAGCACAUACGGAAACUAGUUGGAAUGGAUUCAUUUGGUGCA